AUGCUGUCCCCGCGCCGCCCGCUCGCCCCGCUCACCCCCUUCGCCGACCCGCUGCAGCUGCAGCUCUCGCCCCUCAAGGGGCUCAGCCUGGCGGACAAGGAGAACACGCCCCCGAGCCUCAAUGGCACCCGCGUGCUGGCCAGCAAGACGGCGCGGAGGAUCUUCCAGGAGCCGGCCGAGCCGAGGGCCCCGGCCCCCGCCCCCGGCGCGCAGGAGGAGCCGCUGCUGCGGGAGAACCCGCGCCGCUUCGUGGUCUUCCCCAUCGAGUACCACGACAUCUGGCAGAUGUACAAGAAGGCCGAGGCCUCCUUCUGGACGGCCGAGGAGGUGGACCUGUCCAAGGACCUGCAGCACUGGGAAGCCCUGAAGCCCGAGGAGCGCUACUUCAUCUCCCACAUCCUGGCCUUCUUCGCCGCCAGCGACGGCAUCGUCAACGAGAACCUGGUGGAGCGCUUUAGCCAGGAAGUGCAGGUCACGGAGGCCCGCUGCUUCUACGGCUUCCAGAUCGCCAUGGAGAACAUCCACUCGGAGAUGUACAGCCUCCUCAUCGACACCUACAUCAAGGACCCCAAGGAGAGGGACUUCCUCUUCAACGCCAUCGAGACGAUGCCCUGCGUCAAGAAGAAGGCGGACUGGGCCCUGCGCUGGAUCGGGGACAAGGAGGCCACCUACGGAGAGCGCGUCGUGGCGUUCGCCGCGGUGGAGGGCAUCUUUUUCUCCGGCUCCUUCGCGUCCAUCUUCUGGCUCAAGAAGCGAGGCCUCAUGCCGGGCCUCACGUUCUCCAACGAGCUCAUCAGCAGAGACGAGGGCUUGCACUGUGACUUUGCCUGCCUGAUGUUCAAGCACCUGGUGCACAAGCCCUCGGAGCAGAGGGUGAACGAGAUUAUCACCAACGCCGUUCGGAUCGAGCAGGAGUUCCUCACCGAGGCCCUGCCCGUGAAGCUCAUCGGGAUGAACUGCACGCUGAUGAAGCGUUACAUCGAGUUCGUGGCCGACAGGCUCCUGCUGGAGCUGGGCUUCAGCAAGGUUUUCCGGGUGGAAAACCCCUUUGACUUCAUGGAGAACAUCUCCCUGGAGGGCAAGACCAACUUCUUCGAGAAGCGGGUGGGCGAGUACCAGCGGAUGGGCGUGAUGUCCAGCCCGACCGAGAACUCCUUCACGCUGGACGCCGACUUCUGA